AUGGACACCUAUGCUCAAAUUCCGCGUAACGAUGGUGAUGCAUCUAAGAACGGACAGCGCCUGGCAUUCCUCGAGGCGCUGUCCAAGAGACAAGCAGCGAGCAUCACGGAGCUACAGAUUCAGGUGGCUGGCCUGACUAACCAGGUCGCCACAUUGCUUGCUGCAGUCUCUCCGCAGAAUGAACUUGGGUUUCUAACGACUGGCGAGGCUCUGGAUGCUCCCGCCCACUCCCUGGGGAGUUCACACGACGGCUUUGAGGUGAAGGUGGAUGACCUCGGCGGGCUUCCCUCAGAAGACCCUGGUUCGCCCACACUCCUGCGCGCUAUACUCAAGGACCGCGAGGAGUCAAAGGACUCGAAAGCAACAUUGAACAAUGCCGAGGACCACAGCGGUGUGUCCUCAGUGGACUCGGAACUGGGGCCGUCCACCCCGGCUCCCCUUGAUUUAUCACCGUUCACCGAGGCACCGUAUGUAUAUGUAGGAGAGGAGAGCACGAUCAUGCGGCGUCAGAGCUUACCUCCAGUGGCUGGCGGUGGUGUCAUAAAGCGCGAGCUAGAAGACGAAAUAACAGUACCACGAGCGCGUCCCGCGAAGCGCGCCCGAUUCGACGGGGUAGUCAUAUCACCCCGGCCGCGCACCCUGGAGGACUACCUGCACGCCCGCCUCCGUAACGUCCCCGCGCAUCCCGUUACUCUUGAUGAUGCAAUCUCGAACGUCAGAGUACCACGCCAAUUCCUGUCGACGUACUUUGGAGGCAGCAACCGCAAUAUGUUCGUCACACUCAGUGGCGAGAACCGCCGCAAACACGGGCAUAGUUAUCCCCACUUUUUGUUUACGAAGGCCGACAAGAACUAUACGGUGCCACGGACACCGGGCGAGCCGGGCCUGAUGUUCCUUGCCCAAUGGGAGAAGGUGUGGGGUGAGGGCCCAUAG